AUGCCUUCUCGUGAAGUCGUCCAACAUUUUGAAGACGUUGUCAAAGAGGCUACGGGUGAAGGGCCAGUCCAAGAGAUUACAAUCGAAACACCACAAAGCCUGAUAACCAAGCACAAGUGCCUCGCAGCCAGGCCAAAUGCGCAGUCAUGUCCACAGCACUAUGAUGACGGGCGACUCCAGCCUGACCAGAAUCGAGUUCAGAGCACAGGCGCCCGCACUCCAUUUUCCAUCGCUGCCGAGAUCGAAGCGCAGGUGGCCGCCACCAAGGCGAGACGAGAGUCAGAGGCCAAGGACAGGGAGAAGGCAGAGGCCGAAGCCAAGGCGAAAAAUGAGACAGAGUCACUUCAGUAA